AUGCGCUUGCGGUGCCACAGCCCCGCCCGGCCGCUCCCGCCUGCCUCCCACCUGGUCCGCGGCAUGUCGUUCUCCUCCGCGUCGGUCUUGGGUCUGGGCGGUGCCGCCGGGCUGCUGUCGGCGCGAUCGGGCGCGACCCCCGCGGCCCCGCGGCGCUUGGCGGGCCCCAAUGUCCGCGCCAAGGCCGCCGAGAGCGACGGGUUCGAGCUGAUGCGCAAGGGCGUCAAGAAGGCCGGCAGCGAGACCAUCUUGACGCCGCGCUUCUACACGACGGACUUCGACGAGAUGGAGGAGAUGUUCAGUCCCGAGAAGAACCCGCAGCUGAACACGGCGGAGUUCGAGGCGCUGCUGAGGGAGUUCCGCACAGACUACAACCAGCGGCACUUCGUGCGCAACGAGACGUUCAAGAAGGCGGCGGAGAACAUCACGGGCCCCACGCGCAAGAUUUUCGUGGAGUUCCUGGAGAGGUCCUGCACCGCGGAGUUCUCGGGGUUCUUGCUGUACAAGGAGCUCGGCAGGCGCCUGAAGAAGACCAACCCCGUGGUGGCGGAGAUCUUCACGCUGAUGUCGCGCGACGAGGCGCGCCACGCGGGAUUCCUCAACAAGGCGAUGUCCGACUUCAACCUGGCGCUGGACCUGGGCUUCCUCACCAAGAACAGGCAGUACACGUUCUUUGCUCCCAAGUUCAUCCUGUACGCGACUUACCUGUCGGAGAAGAUCGGCUACUGGCGAUACAUCUCGAUCUAUCGCCACCUGCAGAGGAACCCGGAUUGCCAGCUGUACCCCAUAUUCGAGUACUUUGAGAACUGGUGCCAGGACGAGAACAGGCAUGGCGAUUUCUUUUCGGCGAUGCUCAAGUCGGAACCCCAGCUGGUGAGCAAGGACGACUGGCAAGCCAAGCUGUGGUCACGCUUCUUCUGCCUUUCGGUGUACAUCACCAUGUACCUCAAUGAUCACUCCAGGGAUGCAUUCUACAGCGCCCUUGGUUUGAACACCACACAGUUUAACCAGCACGUCAUUAUUGAGACGAACAAGACGACCGCACGGAUUUUCCCCGCAGUGCCAGACACUGAGCACCCCGAGUUCUUUGUCAAGAUGGACAAAUUGGUGGAGCUGAACACCAAGUUGGCAGCAAUCGGAAAUGAAGACGCCCCAGAUAUGCUGAAGAAUGCACAGAGGGCCCCAGUUAUUGCACAGAUGGUUUUCAUAAUGCUACAAGUAUUCUUCAUGACCCCCAUGGAGAGCGGCUCCUGGGAUUUCGACUCAGAGACGCAGCUUGCGUAUUGA